CCUCUUCAACACCAAAAAAAUGACAUUUUUGCCACAAAGGUUUCUUCUUUCAUGUCUUGUUCUUUUUAGUUGUUCUUUCCUGCUUCCGGUUUUUUCUCGAGGGCUCAUUUAUAAGCCCCCGAACGUCGAGCAGUUAACAGAUCAUUUCCACCCAACACCUGUUGCUGGGAACAUGUUAACUAUUUUUGGAGCACCGAAUAUUCAUAUGAAAAGCAAUGGAUCGUAUGCUGAUAUUAUCCUAGACAAAACUUCAGGUUCUGGAUUAGUUUCUAAAGAAAAAUAUUUCCAUGGAUUCUUUAGUGCUGCAAUAAGGCUGCCUGUGGGAGUUACAUCAGGAGUAGUACUAGCUUUCUAUAUGUCUAAUUCAGAUGUGUAUCCACACAACCAUGAUGAGAUUGACUUCGAAUUGCUUGGGCAUGAGAAGAGAAAAGAAUGGGUUCUUCAAACAAAUAUCUACGGGAAUGGAAGUGUCAAACUUGGAAGAGAAGAGAAGUUUUACCUUUGGUUUGACCCCACACAAGACUUUCAUCAAUAUAGCAUACUAUGGAAUACCCAUCACAUAGUAUAUUUAGUAGACAAUAUACCAGUACGUGAGGUAAUCCACAAUCAAGCAUCAUCUUUGGUAUAUCCUUCAAAGCCAAUGUCGUUAUAUGUAACCAUCUGGGAUGGUUCAGAGUGGGCAACACAUGGAGGAAAAUAUCCGGUUAACUAUAAAUAUGCACCAUUUGUAGCAUCAUUAGGAGAGCUAGAAAUUGAAGGCUGCAGUUUGAUGCAGACAACAAACUCAUCGUCUAUAGGUUCAUGCUCAAAAAACAUAGCGCAUUCAAGCUUUGAUCCACUUGAAGGAGACGAAUAUAUAAAGCUAACGAAACAACAAAUGGUUGGUCUAAAUUGGGCUCGAACAAAGCAUAUGUUUUACUCUUAUUGCAAAGAUACUUCUAGAUACAAAGUUGUUCCACCAGAAUGCCAUGCUUAGUUAAUGUGGCCCUUUAAUUAAUUAUGUUGUUGAUCCACUUAUACAAUUAUAAAUUAUUGUAAUGAUAUUUAUACACAUAGUUUAACUAGCUAUUAUUAUAUAAACUUUGUAAAAUAAUAUAUUAUUAUGCGUUCGCCUUUAUGGUAAAUUUAGUACCU